CACGACGCGUUAGGCUAUGACCUUCAUAUUUAAAUUGACAACGGUUUUUGCGCACCGUUUUUUGCCAUUGAAAAUUUCAAUAUAAACCAAGCAACAUGAAAAUUACUGAGCUGGAAAUAGAAAACAUUGGAAAUUGCAAACAGGCCCACUUGAAAUUUGAUCAUCAACGAAAUAAGUUUCCCAUCUACCUUGUCCAAAGUGCAACAAAAUGUGAGGUUAUAACAUGGGCGAUUCAACUUGUUUGUACCAACAAAUACGAUUCGCCUGAAAAACUUGAAAAGUUAAGAAGCGAGACGACCAAAUUGAGCAAAGUGACAGUAACAUUUCGUUUGGGGAACCCUGGCGCAAGCGGUGAUGCAAAUGCUCCAGAUCUUCAGCAUAGCAGUGACUCUGAUGAGCCAUGUACAUCCCAGCAGUUCUUAAAAAGAUUGCGAAAGAGACAAGAACGGAAAGGAUUUGUAGUUGUUAAAGCUAUACGAAACUUUUUGGUCAACGAAAAUGAAAUUGAAUAUCGAGUCGAGGAUGAAUCUUGGGUGCGGUGUCCUGUUGAUGUUUUCCAAAGGCUAUUCUUCAGUUGUACAGACAUUAUAUUCCCUCGUUUGUCCGAUUUGCAGAAUGGAGAGUGUAACAAUGGCCGUUGGCUAGGACUCCUGAGGUCAGACUUUGUUAGCAAUGGGACAGGAGACUUUGAGACUUGUCUAAUAGAAUUCUGUGAGAUGUUUGUACGAGAACGGUUAACGUUGCAGCAUCAAUUGUGUGAACUAACAAAUGCGGCCCUGAAGGGAAUCGAAUUUGUAAACAAAAGUCGGAUGGUUCAUUUGGUUUAUAUUUUACAAGACAUUCGCUGCGUAUUCGAAUAUAUUUCAUGUUCCGAAUACACAGUGUGGUACAUGAUUCCAACAUUCUUUGGCAUUCCUAAGGAUAUAACAGAGUUUUACGCAGACAGCAUUAACUUUAGUCGAAUGACAACCAAAAUACAACUGCAAAAACCGGCAGGAUCCCCACAAAUUUUGUGGAACGAAGCUGAAGGAUAUGUUAAAGAGUUAUUUAUGGUUGCUAUACAGCUGGCAUUUGGCUAUCAUUGCCGACAAAAUGUAAUUUUCUUGCACGAUUUAGAAGAGUUAAAUAGGCACCAGAGCUUUGAGUAUGUCAAAACAGCGUUCGGCCGGAAUACUUAUCAUACGUGGGUUGGAAAAAACUACCUGCGGAAAAUUAUAGAUAUUUGCACGAAAUUCGAUUUAUCUUGCAUUGUGAGCUAUGCCGGAGGCAUUCCUUUCCAGAUAAACGAUGCUUUCAUAAUACAGUGCGAGCAAAAAAAGCAUGACAAAUACGUGAGCAUAUCUUUAAAAAAUCGGGUAGAAGACAAUAAAAGUAAUAUGGACAACCUGCGUUCGAGAGCCGAAAAAGAAUUUGGUGGAAGUCAUUAACAACACUCUCGUAUAAUCCAUCCAGUAUUUGCAUUUGAGUUUUUUUCUCUAAAUGUAUAGUAUGUAGGUACAUAUGUACAAAUAAACAUUACUUGACUGUUAACAGCACGAUUUGAUUUCAUA